CACCACCACCACCAGCACGCACACACACGGGCGCCGAUGUCCGGAGGCCAAGAAGGCGCCGAGGGGUCAGAUCACAUCAUGGACCUAGACGAAGACCAGAACAACUUGAAAACCAAAAGGUCAAGAGCUACAAAUUGGCCUAAAGUAAUGUCGAAAUUUUUACUUGAUUGGUACCUUGAGAAAAAGAAGGCGAUGCCGCCUAAGACCAAUUUUAAGAAGACACACCACCAUUAUUGCCAAUCUGCACUAAAUGCUAGAUUUGGGUCAACAUACACUGUUGAUCAGGUCCAUCGCCAUUUAAGGCGUUUCAAGGAGGUUUGGAAUAUUGUGGCGCGUUACAUGAACCAGAAAGGGAGCAGCUUUGACAAGAAACACAGAAUGUUAAUACUACCUUCUGCAACCAUGGCUGCUCUACCUUUAGCGGAACGAGCUAUUCUCGUUAAACCCAUUCCAUUCUUCUACCAUUUGCAAGCUCUCUUCAGCGAUUACCCAGUUGAUGGUGCCUCUAUGACGGACCUGUGUACCGAUGCUGACAAUGAUGAUGAAUUGGAAACCCCAGAUCCAUUGAACAUGAUGGUCGCUCAUGCAGGCACAGCAAACCCAGACGAAGCAGACCUGGAAAAAGUUGUUUUGGAGGGAGAAGAUGGCUGCAAUGAGGUUGCAGUUAUUAGCGGCACUGCAGUGCCUUGUGAAGCUAUGACAGGCACUAGUGCACCAUCUGCCGAACCAUCUGGAUCGGCCGAAAGCACAAUGGCUGCUCUCAAACCCAGCUUGAAGAAGUGCAAGGUAGUCAGCAAAGCAAAAGCAAAUCCAAAGCCGCAGGCCCUUCCAGCACAUGAUAGCAGGAAAACGGAUGCGUUGAACAGGAACUUAAUAGGGAUCCAUGACAGUCUUGCCAAACCAAUACGGACAGCACAACCAUCGUCAGACCCAAAUGCUCCCCUGUGGAACAUGCUAAAGCAAAUUCCGUUGACACCUGCUGAUAGGCUAUCAGUUGGGAUUCAUCUGUGUAGGCCAGAGUCCGAAGUGCAUCGAAGUUUUUUCAUGAGCAUGGGCAAGGAUUACUUGGAGGCAUGGGCCCACAAGUUUUUGGCUGGAGGGGAACCUGGAGCCUUAUAGUUUUAUUUGUUUAAUCGCGGUCAUCGUUUCCUCUUUUGGCUGCUUCAGAGUCAGCCCACACUCUUUGAUGAUGAAUGUUGUUCAGAGGUCCUUGUUUGUGCUGCUACACAUAGGUUCACCUUUUGUGAUCAAAGCUUAGGUAAAUAUUAGCUAGUUAGGUAUCAUGCAACUUGCUUUAACAACUUAGCUGACAUUUCACUAUUUCAGUAAUGUUUGUGUUGUAAUUUGUGUACAAUUUGUGAGCAUUUAAGCUCAUGACUUCUUUAAUUUCUGAUGUCUCAACUUUACAAAUGUCAACUGAAAAUGAUGGUAUGUUAUAGGAUGGAAAUUGUGUUAUC